AUGAGUAAUAGUGGCGGAUCUUCCCCGUUUUUAGAAAGUCCUGCAGAUUCACCCGCUACGGACGGUACCAGUGGACAAAGCAACCGUCAGAUACAGGCGUUGCAAUUCAAACUGAAUACUUUACAAAAUGAAUAUGAGAUUGAAAAACUGCAGCUCCAGAAACAGACUAAUAUCUUAGAGAAGAAAUAUAAGGUUACAAUUGGUGACUUAGAGAAAGCAUUGAAUGACACGAAAUACCUUUACGAGAGCAAUGAUAAAUUGGAACGAGAAUUGAGAAGCUUAAAGGAAAGCUCAACUAAUUCAACAAAUGAUAAGGAGAAAUGUAUUCGUGAACUACAAACCAAUUUGCAGAAUAAAGAUCUAGAAAUGGAGAAUCUAAGGCAGCAGUAUGAUUCCAAACUAUCAAAACUCACCAACCAAUGUGACCAUUUUAAGUUAGAAGCAGAAAGUUCUCAUUCUCUGUUGAUGAAAUAUGAAAACGAAAUAAAGAGGCAAAGCUUAGAUAUCAAAGGUUUGCAGCAUCAAAUGGUGGAAAAGGAUGACGAGUUAUCUUCACUGAAAGCUUCAAAGAUGAUAAACUCCCACCCCAACUAUUCUACAGAAGAGUUCAACGAGCUCACUGAGAUGAACAAGAUGAUUCAAGAUCAAGUUCAAUAUACCAAAGAAUUAGAGAUAGCGAAUAUGCAACAGGCAAAUGAAUUGAAGAAAUUAAAACAAUCGCAGGAUUCCUCUACCUUUUGGAAAUUAGAAAAUGAAAAACUUCAAAACAAAUUGGAGGAACUGUACGUGCUGGAAAAACAACAUGAAGAGCUCCAAUUAGAAAACAUAGAUCUAAAAUCGAAACUAACUAAAUGGGAAAUUUAUAAUAAUAGCGAUGAUGACGAUAAUAAUAACAACGGUAACAACGGUAAUAAUGGUAUUAGUAAUAAUGAUGAGGGAGAAGAUGAUGGUACUAAUGAUAACAAUAAUAACACUGAAAACAGCAACAAUAACAGCGUGAAAAAUAACCUGCACAAUAACCCUGGAGAGAUCAUUCGUGACUGGAAACUUACUAAAAAGGAGUGUUUAAUCUUAACAAAUAGAAAUGAUAAACUAAGAUUGGACAAUAAUAAUCUAAAACUUCUGAACGAUGAAAUGGCUUUAGAGAGAAACCAAAUACUAGACCUGAACAAAAAUUAUGAAAAUAACAUAAUAAAUUUGAAGAGAUUGAAUCACGAGUUAGAACAACAGAAGAGUCUAUCUUUCGAAGAAUGUCGAUUACUGCGAGAGCAAUUAGAUGACUUAUAUUCUACACAGAAUAAUGCCCUACUAGAGGCGGAAAAUAAAGAGACGCAUGUUUCGAAUAAGGAUAUAAACAAAGACAUGAACAAUUUGCUUGAUACAUAUAAAAAUAAAACGGAAGAUUUAACAAGUGAGUUAAAAAAACUAAAUGAUCAAUUACUAUCAAAUUCCGAUGAUGUGGAAACUCAAAGAAAAAAGAGAAAGUUGACAAGCGAUCAAAUAGGUUUGAAUUAUUCGCAAAGGCUCAAUGAAUUGCAACUUGAAAAUUUGAAAGUGUCGAGAGAGCUAAACAAAGCACAAACUACCAUUCAAUUAUUACAAGAAAAAUUAGAAAAGUUAACUAAGCUAAAAGAGAAAAAAAUCCGUAUAUUGCAAUUACGUGAUGGCCCUUUCAUAAAAGAUCAGUUUAUUAAGAAAACCAAAUUAAAUCUUUUGGAAAAGGAAAAUGCGGAUUUGCUAAAUGAAUUAAAACACAAUAAUCACAAUAUUGAAACAGUACCUAUUUCUGUUUACGAUUCGCUGAACUUCGAGCUGAGACAGUUCGAACAAGAAACUUUCAGAUCAAAUAAAAGAUUAUCCAGACUAAAGCAAGUUUUCAACAAAAAGUCACUGGAGUUUAUUGACGUUGUAAAUUCAUUAUUAGGUUUUAAAUUGGAAUUUCAGCAAGAUGGUCGCGUAAAAAUACUCUCCUGUUUCAGACCCGAAAAAUAUUUGGUUGCUGACCUAAACGAAAACACCUUAAAAUCUAACCUUGAUGCUGAUAUAGACGGUUGGGAUGAUCUUAUGAAUUUAUGGGUAGAAGAAAGAGGUCAGCUUCCCUGCUUUUUAGCAACAAUAACACUGCGUCUUUGGGAACAACGGCAACCAAAAUAA